AUGGCACCCAGGAAUCCUCAGUCCCCUACGACUUCGUUGCUGUUCGGGGGACGCCAGCUGUCCGAGACAACGGGCCACCUCUUCUCUGGGAUGCUGGGCCUCAACAUAGUGCUUCUGGGCGCAGCCUUCAUCUGCAGCAAGAUCUUCAACAGCAAGGCCGUGACACUGCGGGACGUGGAAAUUCUGCUGGCCACCCUCAAGGUCCUGUCGCUCCUCUGGUUCCUCUGCUACAUCUCGGGCGCCAUGUCGCAGCCACAAUCCCUGCAGUGCCAGGACCCUCAUGCUGGUUCCAUCUGGGUGCGGGGUUCCCUGGUUCUCUUCGGCUGCUUCACAGUCUGUCUCAACAUCUUCCGCAUGGGUUAUGCCAUCAGCCACUUCCGCUGCAAGGAUAAGCUGGAGUUCAUCUUCCCCUUCAUUGAGAGCAUCUUCGUGGUCAUCCAGACUUGGGUUCUCUGGAAAUAUGCCAAGGACUGUGCUCAAGUCCAGACCAACUUCACCAGGUGUGGCCUCAUGCUGACUCUGGCCACCAACUUGCUGCUCUGGUUCCUGGCGGUCACUAACGACUCCCUGCACCUCGAGAUCGAGGCCGCGCUGACCAACGAGGCUGUCCCUGAGACUGGAGGAGGAGGAGAAGGAGCAACAGCAGCAGGAGCUGCCCUAUAUGAGGGUGUGCUCAACUCAGACACAGUGCCCAAUAAUUAUUUAUAUCAUGGCAACAGCUCCACCAACAGCAGCAAGUGCCUGUGUUCCGGGAUCUCCCUGUGCGAGGUCUUUCAGAAGGGCUACCUGAUCCUCUACCCGUUCAGCACCGAGUACUGUCUCAUCAGCUGCACGGUGCUCUUCGUCAUGUGGAAGAACGUGGGCCGUUCUCUGCGGUCGCACUCCAGCAUCCCCCGGCACGAGGUGCCCUUCCGCCUGCACGGGGCCAUCUUCGGGCCCCUGUUGGGCCUGGUGGCCAUGGUGGCCGGCGUGUGUGUCUUCAUCCUCUUCCAGAUCCAGGCGAGCGGCCGGCCCAUCGCGCCCUGGUCCUUCACGCUCUACUACGCCUUCUACGUGGCCAUCCUGCUGGCCAUGAUCGUGGCGUGUCUGGUGGGGAUGAUCAUCCACGAGCUGGAGGAGCGGGAGUUGGACCUGGUGGAGAACCCCACGCGCAGCCUGGACGUGGUGGUGCUCACCUGCACGGCGCUGGGCCGCAUGGGCAUCGCCUACUUCUCCCUCGUGGCCAUCGUGGCCAGCCACUCGCACGCGCUCUUCAGCCACUUGCUCCUCAGCUAUUCGCUGCUCAUCGUCAUGCAGUUGGUCACCCAGAACCUCUUCAUUGUCGGCGACUUGCACCGGCAGCCGCUCUGGGAGAUGGUGACUGGCAACCAGGCGGCAGGCAAGCAGACCACGGAGGACAAGUCGGAGCAGAACCACGGGGUGACCCUAAAGAACCUGCGCCAGAGCCUGCAGCCCUUUUCGCUGGCCUACUUUCACUCUUACAGCAACUUGAGCUGGAAGCGGCGGGGGCUCAAGGAGAUCUCCCUGUUCCUCAUCUUCUGCAAUAUGACUCUGUGGGUGAUGCCAGCCUUCGGGAUUCACCCCGAGUUCAAGAAUGGACUGGAGAAAGAUUUCUACGGCUAUCACACUUGGUUCACCAUCGUCAACUUUGGCCUGCCCCUGGGGGUCUUCUACCGCAUGCACUCUGUGGGGGCGCUGAUGGAGGUCUACUUGGGGGCCUGAGACUGUCUGGGAGGCCCAGCAGCAAUCAGAACCCCAAAACGCUGCCCCUGGAAAAGAGGCAGCCCAGAGUAGGAGUGGAU